UUCUUGCCCUUGGCUGUCUUGGAGAAGAGCUGGAACCGAAAUGUGUGGGAGAUGGACAAAGAUCAUCCCAGUCAACAGAGGACAGCUGGAAAUGAAAAUGAGGAAGUUGAUGGCAACUGUCUGUGUGGAGUAAGGAACAAAAGAGGAGUCAAAGGCACUGUAAAACAGAUUUCCCCAGCAGAAUGUGACAAAAUGAACUCUUCUAAUUCUGCCAAUGCAUCUGAUCUUCUGGCUCAAGAAAGAACGCUUGGUUACCAUUGCCUAGAGAAACCACCUGGCUUCUCACCAGAGCAGAAAGUAAGCGACAGCCCUUCAAAAGACAAAAAAGAAGGCCCAACACAGGGUAAAGAAGAGAUACACAAAUAUGGAGAACUGUGUGAAAAUAGACCAGAAAAUCAUGGGAGAAUGGAAACUUCAAGCAAAGAGAAUCAGACAUUGAGGACAGACUUAAACAGCAAAGAGGAGAAACUUGUGUGGCUUGACAUAUCAAGAAGUGGGGAGAAUUCGGGGACAUCAGCAAGUGGUCAGAAGAAACCUGGUACAGCAGAGGGUGACUGUACAUUUCACACAACCCAGAAGACGAACAAACAUGACAGUGUAACAACUCCAGAAAAAGAUGGUAAAGAUAAUUAUGCUCCAGGUUCUGGAAUUUCCAAAGAAACUUUGCAAGAGUUGAAAAACCUGUUGAGAGAGAGCCCACUACUUAGUACCAGGGCCAGGAACAGUGGUAAGCCCAGUGGUAUGUUUUCCCAUACACUUCUGCUGAGCGCUAGUGAUGAGCAAAGUAGACAUGUUGAGACUUUACACCCUCAUUUAAGAGGAGGUGAUCAGAAAGUUCCUACUGUACACAAGUAUGUAGCAGGGCAACUAGGGAAGCCUCAACUGGUUCUCAGCUCAGCUGGGCUGAAUAAGCAACAGUCCAAAAGUGAUGAUAUGGAGCAUCCUGGUGUGAGUCAACAGACAUCUUCCCAAAAUGCAGCCAGUACUCCAGGAAUUAAACUGGACUCUACUCCUGGUCAGCAUGAGCAAAGAAGAAAAGCAGAUACAAAGAGCCCUGGAAUGCGCAUCCCUCAUCACUUGGCCUCUGGGAUUGAACACAUUAUUGAACAGAUGGCUAAAGACGACAUACAUUUUGUCAGAUUUGAAGCGACGGAUCUUCAUGGGGUUUCCAGAUCAAAGAGCAUCCCUUCUCGCUUUUUUCGGGACAAAGCGAUCCAUGGUGUUGCCAUGCCCAGAGGUUAUCUUGAACUGACUCUGAAUCCAAAGGAUAUGGCAAUAAACCAAAUAAGUGCCAGCAAUUUCAACUGUGACAUCGUCCUGUGUCCUGAUUUAUCAACCUUUCGAGUUUUACCAUGGACUGAACUAACUGCGAGAGUGAUAUGCGAUUCCUUCACCGUAACAGGCAACCCACUAUUGACUUCACCCAGGCACAUUGCAAGGCAGCAGCUAAACCAGCUCCGGGAGAAUGGCUUUGCGCUCUGUUCUGCCUUUACCUACGAAUUCUGUAUUUACGGGGUUGCUGAAGUUGUCAAUUCAAAGACAAUCUCUUUUCCCGCUGCAACCUUGUUGAAUAAUCAAGACCAGCCUUUCAUCCAGGAACUCAUUGAUGGGAUGUAUCAUGCCGGGGCAAACAUCGAGAGCUUCUCAUCUUCUACAGGGCCUGGACAAAUGGAGAUCUCUUUGCACCCUGAGUUUGGCAUAUGUGCCGCAGAUAGUGCCUUCAUCUUCCGAACAGGCAUUAAAGAAGUGGCCAAAAAGUACAGCUAUAUCGCCAGCUUUUUCACUGAGAAUGGAUUUUGCAACUCAGGUGUUCUGAUGCACAGCCUUUGGGAUACCAAUGGGCAAAAUAAUCUGUUUUCUUUUGGUACUGGAGGCCCCGAGUUCACUGACAAAGGGAAGAAUUGGCUUGCAGGACUCCUGCAGCAUUCUGCCGCCCUCAGCUGUUUGAUGGCUCCAACCAUUGGCUGCCGUAAACGGUACAGCACUUACAGUAAGGAGUCAAAGGAUUCUGUGACUGCCAGUUGGGGCUGUAAUGACAACAGUUGUGCAUUUAAUGUCAAAAGUCAUGGCGAAAAAAGAACUCAGAUCGAAAACAAGCUGGGUUCCGCUACAGCCAAUCCUUACUUGGUGCUGGCUGCCACAAUUGCUGCUGGUCUAGAUGGCGUGAAGAGAGGGCUGAGCCUCCAGGAAGGGUCAGAGGGGGUCUCUGAUCCUGCUCAAAUGAAACCUGCUACAAUCCCAUUGAAUCUGGAAGACGCUCUUGUAGCACUUCAGGAAGACGAGUGUAUCAGGGAAGCGCUAGGCGACACCUUUGUCCGAUAUUUUGUCGCCAUGAAACAGUAUGAGUUGGAAACAGAAGAAAUGGAUAUUGAAAGGAAUAAGUUUUUAGAAUAUUUUAUCUAG